CGCGCGUGUUUCUUGGUGUUGUGGUUAUGACCGCAUUUCUCGCAGUCUGCAGGUGCAUGGCUACCUCAGCCGGACAUUGACGCGGAUAUAAGUUUGUAAGUCCGUGCAUGUAUGAGUACGAACAAAGGCAGUACGUUCGAAUGGUGUUGAAAGCGCUUAUAUAUGUAAGACAUCUCGAAUUACAUACUGUAGUUGAGAGAAACACUGUAUUAUCUACCCACACAGCCUCACAACCAUGCCCACUUCAACUCUGACCAACGCAGCCGAGCUCCGUCGCUUCGUGGCAACUAAUCAUACCAAGCCAUACCCAGCUAUCGAUCCCCAGGAGGUCAGACUGCCGGACGGCUACGUCGUUUGCAUCAUAGGUGGCAGUGGUGCCGCAGGGUCCGGUCUGGCACGGUCUUUUGCCCAAGCAGGCGCAUCUGGUAUCAUACUCGCCGGUCGAACGCAGUCUGCGCUCGAAGCAACGGCGAAAGAAGCCAGGGCACUGAAUGCCUCGACAAACGUCGUGACUGUGUCUUGCGACAUAACCUCCAACGACGACGUUGCUACACUUGCAGCCACGAUCAGAGAGAAAUUUGGAGGUCGUCUGGACACCGUUGUUGUCAAUGCUGGCUACAGCGGUCCUUUGUCCAAGGCGACAUUCCUCGAGGAAGAUCCCAAGGACGUUGAGAAAGCCUUCGGCAUCCAUUGUCUGGGCACUUGGUAUGCUGCCCAUCACCUGGUGCCCUUGCUCCUGGAAAGCAAGGGGAGCUUCAUUGCCAUCAGCACCAUGGCGGCGCCGAUGAUCACCGGGUUCGGCGCGAGUUCGCACUACUCCGCUAGCAAGGUUGCUCAGGUCAGGAUGAUGGAGAUGCUGCAUGCGCAGUACUCGUCUCAGGGCCUCUUCUGCGCCAGCGUACAUCCCGGCGGCCUGCAAAGCGAUUUCUCCAGAGCCGCAUCAAUGGAGUUGCAACAACAUCUGACUGAUAGCCCUGACCUGGUUGGAUCAUUCUGCGUGUGGCUCACAAAGCCGCCGAAUUCGGCGGCGCAAAAGAAAGCGUUGAAUGGUAGAUGGAUCUCGUGCAAGUGGGAUGUGCUGGAGCUGGAGCAGCAAUAUGAGCGCAUACAGCAGGAUGACUUGCUGCGAUUCAGGAUUGCGGUCGAGUGAAAGAGAAGUUCCAGUGCUUCUCCAUGCUGCUGGCGGGGUCAGAGGGUUUACGUCUCAAAAAAGUAGAUGUGCAGACACCCAGCGUGUCCCGUGGUGGUAGGCGCUCAUCCUCGGUAAUACCAGUGUUCUCCAUGGGCUGAUUUAGCUGUGCCAACGAGCGACGUGACCACUCACGACCGCCAGUAUCUUGCU